AUGCAAGUGUUGAAUCUGGUACGUGAGUUUGAGUUGCAAAGGAUGAAAGAAAGUGAAACCAUAAAGGAGUACUCUGACAGACUCCUUAAUUUAGCAAAUCGUAUUAGAUUGUUGGGUUCUACUUUCAAUGAUUCAAGGAUCGUUGAGAAAAUCCUAGUAACGGCACCUGAAAGAUUUGAGGCUACCAUAACAACUUUAGAAAAUACUAAGGACUUGUCCAAGAUCACACUUGCAGAGCUCUUAAGUGCUUUUCAAGCGCAAGAGCAACGGCGUGUUAUGAGACAAGGAGGAGCUGUCGAAGGUGCCUUACCAGCCAAGCAUCACGAUGAUGGACGUUCUAAGAAUAAUAAUAAUAAGCAGUACUAA